UACCCAUAAAGCCCCGCGCUUGCAUUUGUCGGAUUGUGCUUGGGGGGAAAAAGCGUAAUAUUGUUCCAAUGAUCGAGAAUCAAUAACAUUCAAACCUUCUACAUAAAACAUCUGUUAAAUUGAAUCAAUUCUCUAAGUUUAUUCAUAAACUUGUGUGGAUUUCUGGAAGAUGGGGCAGCUUUGCACCGCAGGAGACUGAUGAGGAGGACAUGAGCAGGACAUGAGGAAACAACUCGACACAUCUAAUGGAAUAGAGCAGUCUCACCUCUCUGACAUACAGCAAUCAUGGAAACCAAGGAAAAUGGAUCAGUGGACACCAAAAGUUCUGUGGAGAAUGGGCAGCUUUCUGAUCCAGCCCACUGGGCCGUAGCUGAUGUGGUCAAUUAUUUUAAAGCUACAGGGUUUGAGGAGCAAGCCAACGCUUUCCAGGAUCAGGAAAUCGAUGGCAAAUCCCUUUUAUUAAUGACUCGAAAUGACGUUCUGACCGGACUGUCAAUAAAACUGGGUCCUGCACUGAAGAUCUAUGAGUAUCACGUCAAGCCUCUCCAAACCCAGCACUUAAAAGGUAAUGUCUCAUAGCUGCUGCAGCCACAUGGACGCAUGGAAGACAAUCACAGCAGGGGCGCAGGGUAACUGCACGCAGAACUAAUACAUUUUAUGCAUCUUAAUAAAUAAACAUGGUGAAUUUAUUGCUUUUAAGGUCUCAUUCUGCUGUACAGGUAUAUUUACUGUUUUUAGUUUACCUACGUUUAACAUGUUCAUUCAGAUUUUACCUUCACUUUGUGUGCUUGUACAUAAAUCAUUAUUGCUUUUAAGUUUAAUAACGGGAUCUGUGAUGAAAAAUGGCUUGAACUAAAAUUGAAACACUAUUCUUGAAGAUGUUUCUGUGUAACGCAUGAAGUGCUUUUGAACGGAAAUGAGAGGGAGGUUGCCGCCGCAGUUGUGAUUUUUAUCGGUUUGUUGAUGUUUAUUUUUCCUUUUUGUUUUUCUGGUUUUUAAUAGAUAAAAAGUGUGUUGAGAUAAAGUAACAGCACAAAUGAUCAAAUGUCUGAAAAUGAUGUAUUUGCUGUGGUUUACAGCUAUAAAGGCUCAACGCAUUAGGGCUUUGUUUGCAGGAAUCCUGUCAGAAUGACAGAGCUUUGUGCUGCUAUAAAUUCAGUUUAUUUAUUUCAUUCUGUAACUAACAAUGUGAUUCCCGAUGAAUUGGUGAAUUGCUGUUUUUGAAAGCCAGCACAACACUGUAAAUCUACAGCGGUUGGGGAUACAGGGUGUUUUAAAAGAUGAAACAAAAGUGAGUGUAGACUGCAAUAAAUGGUGCUUUUUCAGACUGCUAAAAAAAUCCACAUCCUGGUCCUCAUUACAGUGCUGUGUGACUUCCUUCCUUUUGUGUGUAUGUGGUAUUUGAUUAAUAUCUAAAAAA